AUGCUUCUGAAUACUCUCGCUGUUUCGCUUCUGCUGCCCCUCUCUCAAGCUCUCCGCAGCAGCGGGAACGGCGUGCUGGCUGAGCCUGAGAUGGCGCCGAAGCGAGUCGCUAUCAUCGGCGCCGGCGCGGCAGGCUCAUCCGCCGCGUACCAUCUCUCCCAGUCCGCCCAGGAUGCCGGCAUCCCCACGCAAAUCCACGUCUUCGAACGAUCCUCACAUAUCGGCGGCCGCUGCACCACUGUGCACGCGUGGUCGGACCCAAAGCAACCCGUCGAGCUCGGCGCGUCCAUCUUCGUCGAAGUCAACCACAUCCUCGUCUCCGCCUCCAAAACCUUCAACCUCACGACUGCGGCCCACGAGCUCGAAAAGCCUCGUGAGGGUACACCAGAGCUGGGCGUAUGGAAUGGCAAGGAGUUCGUUUUCAUUAGCUCGGGUGAUAAUGGUUGGUGGGAUCUGGCGAAACUGCUUUGGAGAUAUGGAUAUAGUCCGAUCAAGACGAAUGGCCUGAUGAAGAGCACGGUGGCGAGGUUCUUGAAGAUGUACGAGAAGCCCCUGUUUCCGUGGAGCAGUCUCAGCGAGGCUGUUCAGGAGGCGGGCUUGCUAGAGGUUACGGGCGUUACUGGGGAGCAGUUUCUGAAAGAGAAGGGGGUUAGCGAUAAGUUCGCGACUGAGAUCGUGCAGGCGAGUACGCGGGUCAACUACGCGCAGAACCUGGGCCUGAUACACGGUCUCGAGACCAUGGUAUGCAUGGCCGCCAACGGUGCGAUGUCAAUUACCGGCGGAAAUUGGCAGAUAUUUUCUCGCAUGCUGCACUCGUCGUCUGCCAUCUCAACGCAUCUCAACACCACGAUCGCUCAGAUCUCCAAGCAACCAGAUAACACCUACAAUCUCACUACCUCUUCGGGCGAGGUUUCGACCUUCGACGAUAUCGUCCUUGCUGCACCUCUCCAGUCCUCCAGCCUCGUUAUUGAGCCCCAGCCGAAGCAUACACCGGACCAGAUCCCUUACGUAAAACUCCACGUAACGCUCUUUGCAUCGCCAUUCAAGCUCGACCCCGCAGCAUUCGGGAUGAAAGACGGCAGCGAAGUCCCCCAAUACGUCCUAACCACCCUCCCACCCAGUGAAAGCCACGGCUCCGACCCCAACGGCUGCGGCAGCCCCGGCUUCUUCAGCGUCUCUAUCGUCGGCAAUGGCGUGAACCCUCUCUUACCCGAACCUCGUCCCGAAAUCGUCUACAAGAUCUUUUCGCCACACCGUAUAAACUCCACCUUCCUCUCUAACAUCCUUGGCCGCAAGGUCACCGACGACGAAGCGGAGGACGGCGACCCAAAUGGCGCCGUUAGCUGGAUAUAUCACAAAGUCUGGCACUCGUAUCCCUACGAGUUCCCGCGCGUAACAUUCGAUGAGAUCAAGCUAGAUGAGGGGCUGUGGUAUACCAGCGGCAUCGAGAGCUUCAUCAGCACGAUGGAGACGAGCGCGCUGAUGGGGAAGAACGUCGCGCAGCUCAUUGUUGACGAGUGGACGAGCGCCGGGGAGCCAGAACCUAAGCAAGACGGUGAGACCCUGAAAGUACAGGGUGAUGACGCAGCAUGGCAAUUCAAACCUCUCGACAACGCACAGGGGCAGCAGAAACCGCUCAAAGCAAAGCUUUGA